CUGAGCAAUGCAGGAAAAUUACCAAUUGUGAAUAGCCGUGACGAGUUGGUUUCGCUGAUUGCUAGAACCGAUCUGAAGAAAGCGCGAGAUUUUCCACUGAGUUCCUACGAUUCGAAGGGCCAGCUUCGAGUUGGUGCAGCAAUCAACACUCGAGAAUAUGCCAAAGAAGCGGUGGAGAAGUUAGCCGAUGCUGGAGUCGAUGUUCUUGUAAUUGAUUCAUCGCAAGGUGCCAGUACUUAUCAGGUCAACCUACUAAAAUGGAUAAAGCAACACUAUCCAGAAACCCCACAGAUAAUUGCAGGCAACGUUGUUACACAGAAACAAGCAAAAAUACUGAUAGAUGCCGGGGCCGAUGGAAUUCGCGUUGGAAUGGGUAGUGGCUCAAUAUGCAUUACUCAAGAAAUCGUGGCAGUUGGACGAGCGCAAGGUACAGCUGUAUAUCGGGUUGCGAAGUAUGCACGGGCACGUGGUAUUCCUGUGAUUGCGGAUGGCGGAGUUCGAGAUGUCGGCUACAUCACCAAGGCUUUGGCACUUGGCGCAUCAACGGUAAUGAUGGGAGGACUUCUUGCCGCAACAACGGAAGCACCAGGACAGUAUUUCUGGGGCCCAAGUGGUGUACGUUUGAAGAAAUAUCGUGGAAUGGGUUCUUUAGAUGCUAUGGAAGCACAUACCAACAGUCAGGAUAGAUAUUUUACGAGCGAAAAUGAAUCAAUCAAAGUGGCGCAAGGAGUAUCUGCCACGAUGAGGGAUCGAGGUAGCAUUCAUAAAUUCGUGCCUUAUUUGGUACGCGGAAUUCAGCAUGGUUUCCAGGAUGUUGGUGUUAGAAAUUUGAAGGAACUCAGAAGCGGUGUUACGGAAGGAACAGUAAGGUUUGAGCGUCGAUCAUCGAAUGCUCAGAUCGAAGGUGGAGUGCACUCGCUACAUUCGUAA